AUGCCAGCAAGUUGUGCCUCAGGAGUAAUCCGUACUCGCGUAGGAUUCAGCGGAGGCGCCAAACCUAAUCCAACUUACAGGAGCUUGGGAGACCAUACUGAAACAACAGAAGUUGUAUACGAUCCAACCAAAACAAAUUACUCAAAUUUGUUAAAUAUGUUUUGGAAAAACCAUGAUUCUACUCAGAAGUGUACGCGGCAGUACAUGUCUGCCGUCUUUUACCACAACGAAGAGCAAAAAAGGCUAGCUAUUGAUUCAUUGGAACAGGCACAAAAGGUUAUAGCGAGACCGAUUCAAACGCAAAUUUUAAAAGCCUCUACUUUCUAUGAAGCCGAGGAUUAUCACCAGAAGUAUUUGUUACAACAACAUCCAUGGCUCAUGAAUGCGCUAGAUAUUUCACCAGGGCCGGAAUUGAAUAAUUCAAACAUUGCAACUCGUCUGAAUGGUUAUAUUGGUGGAUAUGGAACUUUGGCAAAUUUCGAAGCCGAAUUGCCAAAUCUACACCUUGAUGAUAAAAUGGCAGACUACAUCAGAAGGGCCAUGCAAAAGGGGAGUCGGGUUAAUUGUUAGUAUUUUACAAAAAUGUUAUGCUUUUUUCCAUAGUAGUAGUUUUACGCCAAAUGUAUUUUGUGCUUGAAAUUUUCUGACGGAAUACGUAUGAUUCGAACAGAAUCAACUUUUAUGAAGUUUCUGCUCGUUGAUAUUUUCGCAAUUCUGAAUUCAACCAAAUUUCAACACAGAAAAAUACAUAAUGAUGGUGAUAUCUU